AUGCCGACGUACAAGAUAAGGGGAAUCGACAUAGAUUUUCCGUACGAAGCCUAUGAUUCCCAGCUCGAUUACAUGGACAAAGUCAUUCAAUCACUUCAGGAGUGGGGCACUAAUGUGGGUUCUUUAUUAAUGGGGAUUCAAAUUUCGAUUCACCAUGUGAUAGAAGAGUUGUCGCUUUCGUUACACCCAACCCUGUUGAAACGUAAUGCACUAUUGGAGAGUCCCACAGGAACUGGAAAAACGCUCUGUCUUCUCUGUGCUACCUUAGCAUGGCGGAAGAGUUUGGGUAGUUUCACAACUGGUGUGAGCAUGCUGACAGGCGACAAAUCAGAGGGUAAAAAUGAGGUGUCAUUGUCACAAUCUGAGUCCUCAGGAUUUUCUACAAUUGUAUAUGCUUCACGCACUCACAGCCAGAUCCGUCAAGUAAUUCAAGAAUUGAAAAGAACGUCUUACAGGCCUAAGAUGGGAGUCCUGGGAUCUCGGGAGCAACUCUGCAUUCAUGAUGAAGUGAAGUUACUUCGGGGAAAAACACAAACAAAUGCUUGUCGAGCACUCUGUCGAAGGGGUGGGAAACGUAACUGUAGCCAUUUUCAUCGAGUUACAGAUUACCUGAAGAACAAUUCCCAUCUUGGAGAAGAACCUGUAGAUAUUGAGGAUUUGGUCAAUAUUGGUAGAAGAUUUGGGCCGUGUCCGUAUUAUUUAUCAAAGGAGCUCCACAAGGUUGUUGAUAUAGUAUUUGCUCCAUAUAACUAUCUUAUAGAUCGUGGAUAUAGAAAUUCUCUGCAACUCUCUUGGAGCAAUAGUAUACUCAUAUUUGAUGAAGCUCACAACCUGGAAAGCAUAUGCGCAGAAGCAGCCUCCUUUGAUUUGCCUUCUUGGCUUAUAACUGCUUGCAUUAAAGAGGCAGAAAGUUGUAUAGACCUUUCAAUAAAAAGAAGAGAUAAAACAAAUGAUAAUUCACAAAAUCCAGAUGAUUUUGCUAUCCUUAGAGAAUCUGGUCUGGCACUUCUUCUAAAACUUGAAAAGUGUAUUUCUGAGGUGCCUAUUGAAUCUAAGGAGUUGGGUUUCACCAAACCUGGGCCUUAUAUCUAUGAACUGCUGGCUGAUCUUAACAUCACACACAAAACUGCUUCUAAGCUUACCAGUAUAAUUGGUGUAGCUUCAACCCUUCUUGAGGAACAUAAUCAGGAGAAAUCAACUGGCACGGUCUGCAGGUUGGAUAGACUAGGUGAAAUUCUUGAAAUUGUGUUCAGGGAUGGAAGAACUGCUCAUGCUAAAUAUUAUCGUGUUCAUGUGCGGGAGGUUGAGGCGUGGGCUGGCAAUGACUCUAAAGGCAAGGUGUCAAGAACACUCAGCUGGUGGUGCUUUAAUCCAGGAAUAGCCAUGGAAGACUUUCGUAAGUAUGGGGUUAGAUCUAUUAUACUGACUUCGGGCACAUUAUCCCCUAUGGAAUCUUUUGCGGAGGAACUGAAAUUAGACUUCCCCAUCCGGCUGGAAAAUCCACAUGUAAUAACCCCAAAUCAGAUAUGGGCAGGAGUUGUCCCAGUUGGUCCUUCAGGGCAUACUUUUAACUCCUCUUACCGCACUCGUGAUUCACUAGAGUACAAGCAGGAUCUUGGAAAUGCAAUUGUUAUUGAGUUGGGCUUGGAGAUAGAUGUGGUAAAUUUGGCCCGAAUUGUACCUGAUGGACUUCUUGUAUUCUUCCCAUCGUACUACCUGUUGGACCAAAUCAUUGGUUGCUGGAAAAGUGUGAGUAAUGAAAAUUCAACGUCAAUAUGGGAAAGAAUUUGCAAACACAAGAAACCUGUUAUAGAACCUAGGGAGUCUUCAUCAUUUCCCUUGUCAAUUAAGGACUACAUGACUAAGUUGAAUGACACCUCAGCCUCUGGAGCAGUUUUUUUUGCUGUAUGUCGUGGGAAGGUAAGCGAAGGAUUAGAUUUUGCUGAUCACGCCGGAAGAGCUGUGGUAAUUACAGGUUUGCCAUUUGCAACAAGCACUGAUGCUAAGGUUCGAUUAAAACGUGAAUACUUAGAUCAACAAUCUCGGCCACGUGGAGAACUGUUCAAGGUUUUAACUGGAGAUGAAUGGUAUAACCAACAAGCCUCACGAGCUGUGAAUCAAGCUGUUGGGCGUGUAAUUCGCCAUCGCUAUGACUAUGGAGCAAUUAUUUUUUGUGACGAAAGGUUUUCACAUCAACAUCGUCUGUCCCAAGUUUCACGUUGGAUACAGCCUCAUAUUAAGUGUUUCUCAAGAUUUGGAGAAGUGGUUUUCACUCUAACUCGGUUUUUUCGAGAUGUAGGAACUCAGUGUCCUACUAAGGUGCCAUUGUUAGAAGCUAAAAACGAGGGUCAGUGUCUUCUAGUCCUCCAUUGGACCAUUAUUGAUGCAGGGAAUAUAGGAGAAGUACUAUCAUCAGAGCAGCAGCACAUGGACCAAUUUCACAUGGAAGAACUUUUGUCACCUCUGGUAACUCCUUGA